AUGGGGCGCCGCGCCGCUCGGGGGCCGGGCCCACCGCUCGUGGGACUCCGGCUGUUACCGCUGCUGCUGCUGCUGCUCGCGCUGGCGGCCCGCGGGGGCUGCGCCGCGCCCGCACCUCGCGCAGAGGACCUCAGCCUGGGGGUGGAGUGGCUGAGCAGGUUUGGCUACCUGCCCCCAGCGGACCCCGUGACAGGGCGGCUGCAGACGCAGGAGGAGUUGUCCAAGGCCAUCGCCACCAUGCAGCAGUUUGGCGGCCUGAAGGCCACUGGCAUCCUGGAUGAGGCCACUCUGGCCCUGAUGAAGACCCCGCGCUGUUCCCUCCCUGACCUGCCCCCUCUGUCCUGGGCUCGAAGGAAGCGCCAGGCUCCGGCUCCAACCAAGUGGAACAAAAGGAACCUGUCAUGGAGGGUCCGGACCUUCCCGCGGGACUCAGCCCUGGGCCCCGACACGGUGCGGGCGCUCAUGUACUACGCUCUCAAAGUCUGGAGUGACAUCGCCCCACUGAACUUCCACGAGGUGGCCGGCAGCACCGCAGACAUCCAGAUAGACUUCUCCAGGGCCGACCACCAGGAUGAAUACCCCUUCGACGGCCCCGGCGGCACAGUGGCCCACGCCUUCUUUCCCGGAGACCACCAUUCUGCAGGGGACACCCAUUUUGACGAUGAGGAGGCUUGGACCUUCCGCUCCUCUGAUGCCCACGGGAUGGACCUGUUUGCAGUGGCCGUCCAUGAGUUUGGCCAUGCCAUCGGGCUGAGCCACGUCUCCACCCCCAGCUCCAUCAUGCAGCCAUACUACCAGGGCCCCGUGGGCGACCCGCUGCGCUACAGGCUGCCCUACGAUGACAGGGUGCGCGUCUGGCAGCUGUAUGGUGUGCGGGAGUCUGUGUCCCCCACAGCACAACUAGACACCCCAGAGCCCGAGGAGCCACCCCUACUGCCAGAGCCCCCCGACAACCGUUCCAGCACCCCGCCCAGGAAGGACGUGCCCCACAGGUGCAGCGCCCAUUUUGACGCAGUGGCACAGAUCCGUGGCGAAGCCUUCUUCUUCAAAGGCAAGUACUUCUGGAGGCUGAACCGGGACCGGCACCUGGUGUCCCUGCAGCCGGCGCAGAUGCACCGCUUCUGGCGGGGCCUGCCGCUGCACCUGGACAGCGUGGACGCCGUGUAUGAGCGCACGAGUGACCAUAAGAUUGUCUUCUUCAAAGGAGACAGAUACUGGGUGUUUAAGGACAAUAACGUAGAGGAAGGAUACCCACGGCCCAUCUCGGACUUCAGCCUCCCGCCGGGCGGUGUGGAUGCCGCCUUCUCCUGGCCUCACAAUGACAGGACUUAUUUCUUUAAGGACCAGCUCUACUGGCGCUAUGAUGACCACACUCGGCGCAUGGACCCUGGCUACCCUGCCCAGGGCCCCCUGUGGAGGGGUGUCCCCAGCACGCUGGAUGACGCCAUGCGCUGGUCUGAUGGUGCCUCCUACUUCUUCCGCGGCCAGGAGUACUGGAAAGUGCAGGAAGGCGAGCUGGAGGCGGCGCCCGGGUACCCGCAGUCCACGGCGCGGGACUGGCUGGUGUGCGGGGAGCCGGCGGCCGGCGAUGCGGAGGCAGAGGCGGCCCGAGCGCAGCCGGGGCCGCAGGGCCGCGCGCAGGACGGCCUCGCCGUGUGCUCCUGCUCCUCCGCCGCGCCCGCGCCGUCCGCCUCGCCGCCGCCGCAGCUGCUGCUGCUGUGCGCGCUGGGUGCCGCCCGGGCCGGGGCGCGGUGA